AUGGGAAAAUUACAGAAACAUUUUACUUCUGAAGCGCACAAAUCUGCAUUAACUGAUUAUUGCAAUUACAUGAAAAAAUCAAAUAACAUUGAUGUUAUGCUCGACAAAACAGUACGUGAGCGAAAAAUUCAGGAAGAGAGCAAUCAAAGUUUUCACAAAGAAGUAAUUUGUAUUUUACUGGAUCUAACCAAAACCCUAGCUAGACAAGGUUUAUCAUUCAGAGGAAAAGACGAUGAUGAAAAUGGAAACUUUAGACAAAUUACGUAUUUACUUUCUAGGCACUGUCCAUUGUUAAAAAAAUGGCUGGAUGAUUCUUGUUAUCGACCAUACCAUUCUACGUAUUUGAGUCCCCAAUCUCAAAACGAGUUCAUAACUAUCCUUGGGUCAUCAGUCAAUAAAAUUAUUAGAGCUAAAGUUAAGGAAUCCGGUCAGUUUUCUGUAAUGGCCGAUACAACACCUGAUUUGUCACAUACAGAUAGGCUAUCAGUAGUUGUAAGGUUCGUCAAUAAUGAAGGUACAGCAGAAGAAAGAUUAAUAGAAGUCCGUGAAUCCUUAAAUAAGACUGGCGUAGGAAUGGCAAAUGAUAUAUUAGACACUUUGCAAAAGAAUGAGUUGGAUCCUGAUAAUCUUGUUUUUCAGUCGUAUGAUUUUGCCAGCAGUAUGUCUGGAGUAUUUAAUGGCGCACAGCAAAAAUUAACUGAAAUAUUAGGUAGAAAAAUACCUUACAUUCCAUGUCAGGCUCAUAGAAUAAACACAUUCAUUGAACAUGGAUGUGAAGCUACUGAUAUUGAAAUUGCAUUGAAACUACGAAAUUUGUCGAAGACAAGAUGGACAGCUCGUGCUGAAGCAAUUAAGUCUGUUUGGUCAUCAUUUAAUGUAAUUAUCGAAGUUUUAGAUGAGAUAACAAAUACCAAGGACAAAUUUGAUAAAUCCACCAGAAAUGCAGCAUAUUCUUUAUCAAAACGAUUAAUUUCUGUAGACUUUGUUGUAAGUAUUCUAUUUAUGAAAAAUGUUAUGUAUAAGAUGAAGUUAUUAACUGAGUGUCUCGAAUCAACUGAACUUAACAUCGCUGAUGCAAUCAUAUUUAUGUCAAGUACUCUAGAAUCGUUGAACAUUAUUAAUUCUGACAUAGAUGGUAUGGAUAAUCUUAUAAAUAGUUCAAUUGCGUUUUUGAAGUCUUUUGAUGUGGAUGCUGAAAAAGAGUUUUUAGUUCGGCAUAGACGCCGACUUGUACCUAAGCGCCUUGAUAAUAAUAGAGAUAAUGCGGCAAAUAUAUCAUUUAAAACAUUUUAUAGGAAAAAAUAUAAAUCUGUGUUGGACGAGCUCACGUCACUGAUGAAAAAUAAUUUAGAAAGUUGCAUUGGUACAAUUAAACCAUUAUAUAAUAUGUUCAAUCCCCCUGUAUCAAGGAAUAACUUAAGUGAAACUGGAAUUCAAGAUGCAAUGUCAUUUUUACCUAAACAAUUUAUUGUAGACCCGUUACAUCUACAGGUUGAGUUAGAGGUACUUUAUGACCAAUGCAAAGAAGUGGAAACUGUUUCGGAUGUAGCUGCUGUUUCGGAACAAACAAACAAAAUGCUUCCUAUAGCCAAUAGAAUGUGUCGUUUACUGUGUACAGCUCCAGUAACUGUUGCUGGAAAUGAGCGUUCGUUUAGCAAGUUGAAAUUGAUAAAGAAUUACUUAAGAACAACCCAGAGUGACUCCCGUUUAAGCGAUUUACUGUUACUUUCCUCGGAAAAGGACAUAGUAGACGAUAUUAAGUUAGAUCUUAUUGCUAAACAAUGUACUAAACUGUUGAAAAUAUUGAAUGAUCGAGUAAAAGAUGUUAAUAGUAAAAAAAUACUCCAAGACUUAAAAGAAAAUAUUAAUGCUUCAGAAUGUUCCAAACAUUCUGUGAUUAUAUACCUACUUCAUGCUGUGUUUUUACCAACAUCUAAAACCUCCUUCUCAGAUCCAAAUGGAAGAAAAUGUACGGUUAAAUUUUCCAUUAAGCAUUCACAAAAUAGUUUUUUUAUGGUAGCCAACACAGCUGUCAAACUUGAAGAAAUGUUGAAGUUAAAAAAAAGCAAAAACAAACUAAUUCAACCUUGUUUAUUAAUUGUAGGAACUGUAGUGAACCCAUGUCAAAUUUUAGUUUAUUUUGAUGAAAUUAAGUUCACAUUUUUUUCAAUAGUUAAAGCAUUAGAUAUCUGCAUCAAAAUGUAUCAUGUAUUCAAUAUUGAAUAUCCUAUACAAUCACUAAAUGUUUGGUUUUUUCUCCAUCGUUUUUUUUAUAACAUAAAAUUAAAGUCAGAUAAGCCUAGUCCUUUGAUUAAUCAAAUUAUAUCUGAAUUAAAAUAA